AUGCGCAACGAUCAGUCUGAACGUAUUUGGGGGUUUGAAGAUAUUACAGAUCUCGUAUUCAAUGCUUCAAUGAAGCCCGGUAAAGAGAAUGGGUACCUUACAAUGGGAAAGAAACGUAUGUUUGACAAGUCAAACUACGGCAGCAAUUUCUUCUUCCAGCCCGAAGGUAUAGUGGAACUCGGUUACGACUAUUAUGGAAACGUCACUAAUCCCGAAGGAAAGGAAGUGACCGUUGUUGCUAACACGGCCAUGGUUGCUGAGCAGUUUAGCAUCAGGGGAGUUAGAAUCGACACUGAGGUAGAAAACGACGAAGAACAGAAGAACCCUGAUAACGUUGUGUUUGGUGAAUACGCAGGCCUUGCUUGGGCUGGUUACAAUAAGUUUUAUACUGGUGCUGGUGAUGACUUGGUCCAGGUUACUGGAAUACCAUGUUCUGGUUGGAACUGUUUUUCAGGAACACUUGGUGAAGGAAUCAAUACAUUGUCAUUUCAAGGCAUGAACCCCAAAAUCUUUACGUUUACCCCCGUGGCCAACCCUGGGUAUUCUACGGGUCCACCAAAAAUUUUCGUCGGUGUGAAAUUCGAUAUGAGAGAACGUAUAAUCGACAAUGACACUCAACUCCAUUUGAGAAUGAAGGACUCAGAAUCAGAAUAUUCUCCAGUAAAGGAAAAGCAUAUCGGCAACAUAUUUGGUGUGAAUGUAUUUCACGGUAUGUAUCAGAUCGAACUUAGCUAAUCGACCUUGUGUUAUAUUUUCUUACUGAGAAUAAUAAAGUAAUUUGACGUUACAAUAAUGAUUAAGGUAAUUGGUUUCAUGACAAGCUUUUUGAUGCAAGCUGUUGAUUAACCAUGACGCUCUAAUCGGCGCACUGUCUAAAGAAUUUCAAAUGAAUACUGGCAGUAUGGCUUAAACAUAUUUUGCAGUUGAGUCCAAAGUAUGACGUAAACGUCUCAACAAAAAAUUCAUCUCGACGCGCCACCCAGUCGUUCGGUCGGGUGCUCUAGUUAUCCCGGCAAGGCGGCGUGUCAACUCGUCAUUUCAUCUAGUCAUCUCGGCGUGUCUUAGUGUCAACUCAUCGUCUCGGUUUGUUAUCUCGUUUUUACUAGCGUCCAUUGACCCGUUUGUUCUUCAACUCGUCGUGUCUACUGUCAUCUCGUCGUUUCGACCGUCAACUGGUCGUGUCGCCCAUCAACUCGUCGCGUUUUUCUCUGGCGUUUUUAAAGAGGGGACCUGGAUACUAUAACCAUUAAGCAACAUGGCUGCCAUAUGGGUGACACGACCAAUUGACGGUCGACAUGACGAGUUGAAGAACAAAUGAGUCAAUGCACGCAAGUUAAAACGACCAAAACACGAGACAUCAGAACGAGACGACCAGUUGACACUACGACACGACGAGAUGACCAGAUGCAAUGACGAGUUGAGAUGAAGCAUCGGCGAGAUGACAAGAUGACACGACGGGUUGACCGGGUGGCGCGUCGAAAUGAAAUUUUUGUCCCGAAGUUGACUUCAUUGGAACAGACCCUCGCUAUAAGUCAGAGUAGGAUUUGUUCCUAGUUGUUGGCCAAGUUAAAAUCAGACACUCUAAAUAAACGAUCUUCACGUUUUCAUCGAUUUCCUCUGAUAUGUAAUGAGACUCAAAUGAUUCGACUAUUGAAUGAAAGAGAAAGAAAGAGGUAAACCAACUGUUAGCAUGGCACUAACACAAAUUGGUCGCCAUUGGGAAUCUUCGCGAAAUGUUCGACAACAUUUGCCAUAACUGAAAGUUUUACAAUUCGACUGAUCUCAUGAGGUAGAAAGUGGGUUUAUUUUUUAGUAAAGAAACAGUUACAGUGGUGUUGUGUUGGGGGUAGUAAAGUGCAUAAAUUCUAGGUUUUAUCUUACUCCUGAUGUUAAAGAGGUUUGCCUCUGUAGAGGUAUAGAGAAGUUGAUAUCUCGAGCGCUAAGUCGUUUAUCUUUCCGAUGGUUGAAGCUUAAUUUGAAACGUCGGCUUUGUUUGAGUGAUUUUCGUAUGACCUUGAAAUGAAAACGCGCGAACAAAACAUAGACGACAAACGAACGGAAAUAGAGCGAUUUAAUUGGUUUAUCGAACAGAUACAAACGCGCGUGGCUUUUUAUUGGUUGAGCAAAGGCUCGGGUGGAAAAACUCCAUGCCCGAGAAUUUUCUUGAAAUCAAUCGAUACUUCGCUUGACGUCAUACUGCAACACAAUGUUGCAGUAGGGUUUUCUUUGGCGGGAAUACGAAGAGUCCACGUUUUGAUCCAUUGGCUAAUAAAACAAACGACGAACACUUACCGAAACCAUUUUUCAAAGUCAUACAAAAAUCGCUCUAUCCCGCUACAGUGACCAUUCUACUUUUAGUUAUCAAGUCAGUUGAUGAACCGAAUUUUUGAUUUUAUCAGUUAAAUGUCAGUUUUUCUAACACAAUUUCCAGGGACUCCAUUCGAUGACGUAAUUGUGAUGGGAGAAGACAAAAACUGUGUAGUAAAUAACGACGGCGGAAACAACAAAUAUAUCAUCUAUCUAUCCGAUGAACGCAACUUUACUCACACUAUUAUCGAUGAUUCCCCAACGCUUGGGCAAAUAUACCUCGUAAAAAGGAUUAAUCGUGGGUAUGCCAACUUUGAACGUUAUUACAAAAGCGAAGUAGCAUACGAUGAGGAAACACAAACAUUGGUGACCUUCCUGAGAGACAGGAAGGGAGAACAACACACGAACACUGGAAGGAUCAUAUUGAAACGUACAAAACCAGGAAAUAUAGGCGAGAUGAAGCUGUAUUUGGUUGAACGAAAAACAAAAUAUUUUGGAUGCGACCAGGUUCCCAGCCUGGAAAGUGAAGGACUUGAAUGCAUUAGGGACUAUACAUUAAACUCCAUUAAGAGAAAGCUUGGCAAACCAUAUGGUGACCGACCUGUCCCUAGUGUCCCAUUUCAAUAUAAUUUAGACACCACUGCAUUAAAAGCUGAACCCAUUCCUGGUCUUUGUGGUGACUUCAUUAUAAGUUUUUUGCAUAGAGAAGAAGAUCUUGGUCCCAGAGACGGUUUAAACAUGACGUUAUAUUCUAUGGAUUUACCUGAAAAUUCCUUCAUUACCAUCGCUGAUCAGUAUAUAGACUUGCUUAAACAGGACAAACCGCAUUAUGUUCUUCUCUACAAAAAAGUGGCAAAGACUCUCGUCUACAAACUGUAUAAAGGGAAAAAAUGGCGGUAUUCACUAGGCAUCGAAGUUCCACAAGCUAAACGGAUUGUGUUCGGAACAACAGGAAAUUAUCAGCUUCUUUUGGAUCUAAAGCAUGAUGACAGGCCAGUGGUAAACAUAGGAAGUGAAUACGUAGCUCUUGCUUUCAGGCCACCUGACGAGUACAAAUUUACCAAGAACUAUGUUAAUGUAAGUUCGAACCCUAAACAGCUCGUCCUUGGAGUACCUUCAAAAACUCCGACAGAAACAAAAUGGAAAAUAAAGUUUGGUGAGGCAAAAACUUACACAGGUGACUACGCAGAGAAUACGUUGAUUGUUGGUGAUGCUCUUUGGGCUCACCUUUCGAGAGAGGAAAAUGACAUGCGCAUAAUCGUCAAACCAUCAGAAAGGGGGGAAAACCGCUGGAAGAUAACAGUCAAAAAGGGAAAGCAAAGGAUUCACCGAGCUACAGUUGAGGGAGCAAAUAUCCUCGCUUAUCAGGAGGGUUUGGUGAGAAGCAAUCUUUAUAAUCUUGUGAAUGGAGAAAAGAAAAGGUUUAAUCUUAAAAAAGUAUGGCAGAAAAAAAUGGAUGAACUCCAGAAUGAUAUCAUUAAUGAAGCUAAUACGUGCAGAUAA